AUGGUUCUCUCGAUCGAUCUAUUCCGUGUCGAUAAGGGUGGAGAUCCCGAAAAGGUCCGCGAUAGCCAGAGGAAACGUUAUAAGAAUCCCGAGGAUGUAGACAAAAUUAUUGAUUUCGACAAUCAGUGGCGCAAAGGUACCUAUAAUGUUAACUUUAAUGUUCUCUCGAAGCUCGAUCAACAACUGACCGGCUGA